AUGGCGUCUGUGCCGUCAUCUUCGGUUUUUUCGCUACCACUACCGCCAUGGCUCCAACCGCCUGGCACCCGCAUAUCUCAAUAUGACCGUCGGAAACGCAAGAAGGGUGCUGGUUGGAGUGAGGAUGAUAUGGAUGGCGAAGAAACAACAGAUAUCGGCUCAGCUACGGAAUCUGAGCCUGUUGGAGCUUCCUUGAUAUUGACGCCAAAUGAAUCCCACCAGUACAGGAUUGCUGGGUUUCCCUUCAAUCAAGAGUUGCCAAAAGGCCAUUUUCCUCAUGGACCAGAUAAAGAAGGGAAACUCAAAGGGGAAAGUGCCUCAAACCACCUUAAAGCACUGGCAGCAUUAUCCACUCCAGUAUAUCCUCCUCAGUCAGCCCAGCAAAACAAUAUUCGCUUCCAACAUUUGGGUGUAUUGACAGCAAUUCUGCAUCGAUGUAUGCUUCAAGGUGACUAUGUUCGAGCUGGAAGAGCGUGGGGCCUGAUCUUGCGCGAAGAAUAUAGAGGAUUUCAAAUGGAUGUUCGCAACGAAACAAGGUGGGGCAUUGGUGCUGAAAUCUUGUUACGACGAGACCAACAGGAAUCAUCAGCCAGUUUGGGUUCUAGCAAGGCGCCAAAUGCGAGGGAAAGCACAUUUUUGACUUUUACCGCCAAGGGCUUUGCGCAAGCUAAAGAGUAUUACGAACGACUCAUUCUCAAUCAUCCGUUCACAAAAACUUCACCACAAUCCAUUUCCUCUCUACAUUUCUACCCUGCCAUGUUUGGGCUCUGGGUGUAUAUUACCCAGGAACAAAGCAAGAUGGACAGGAAAAAUGUUGUUCUUCACCAGGGAGAAGAAGGAGAAGAGGAUUCUGAUAGAUUUUCAGAAGAUGAAGAUUCGGAAUCUGGAUUUGGCCACCGUCGGAAGUCACAAACCAAGACAGAUACCGCCAUAACAGCAAUCAGAGCACGGGAGUUGGACGAGGCACAGCAGAUUGCUGGGCGUAUGGAUCAGCUUUUAGGCUCUCCUCCAUACUCUGACUCGCCUGAACUGCUGGAGCUGAGAGGAAUGAUCUCUUUGUGGAUCGGUGAUUUGUUAAUCUCUGCACUAUCAUUACCCAUGGACUUCGAAGCAGAUAAUGACCACGACCGCAUGCUCAUGGAUGAAGCCCCCGGUCUCUUGAAGCGAGGCGCAGCUGAAGUCAAGAGGUCGAUCGAGCUCUUCGAGAAGGCCAAGAAGCGAGGCCGAAGCGUCGCAUAUAAUCUGGAGAACCUUCACAUCGAUGAUGACACAUUUGAUUAA